AUGACUCAAUUCACUGACAUCGAUAAACUAGCUGUCUCCACCAUCAGAAUUUUGGCUGUGGACACUGUCUCCAAGGCCAACUCUGGUCACCCAGGUGCUCCAUUGGGUAUGGCUCCUGCUGCCCACGUGUUGUGGAGCCAAAUGCGUAUGAACCCCACCAAUCCAGACUGGAUCAACAGAGACAGAUUUGUCUUGUCGAACGGUCACGCCGUUGCCCUGUUGUACUCCAUGCUACACUUGACCGGUUACGACUUGUCCAUUGAAGAUUUGAAGCAAUUCAGACAACUGGGCUCUAGAACUCCAGGUCAUCCUGAAUUCGAGUUGCCUGGUGUUGAAGUCACCACCGGCCCAUUGGGUCAAGGUAUCUCUAACGCCGUCGGUAUGGCCAUGGCUCAAGCUAACUUGGCUGCUACUUACAACAAGCCAGAGUUCACUUUGUCCGACAACUACACCUACGCUUUCCUAGGUGACGGUUGUUUGCAAGAAGGUAUCUCUUCCGAGGCCUCUUCUUUGGCUGGUCAUUUGAAAUUGGGUAACUUGAUUGCCCUCUACGACGACAACAAGAUCACCAUCGAUGGUGCCACCAGCAUCUCCUUCGACGAAGACGUCGCAAAGAGAUACGAAGCCUACGGCUGGGAAGUUUUGUACGUUGAAAACGGUAACGAGGAUCUAGCCGGUAUUGCCAAGGCCAUUGCCCAAGCUAAGCUAUCCAAGGAAAAGCCAACUUUAAUCAAGAUGACCACCACCAUCGGGUACGGCUCCUUGCACGCCGGCUCCCACUCCGUUCACGGUUCUCCAUUGCAACCAGAUGACGUUAAACAACUAAAGACCAAGUUCGGUUUCAACCCAGACAAGUCCUUUGUUGUCCCACAAGAAGUUUACGACCACUACCAAAAGACCAUCCUAAAACCAGGUGUCGAAGCAAACAACAAAUGGGAUAAGCUGUUCAGCGAGUACCAAAAGAAAUACCCAGAAUUAGGUGCCGAAUUGGCCAGAAGAUUGAGCGGUCAACUACCUGCCAACUGGGAAUCUAAACUACCAACCUACACCACCAAGGACUCCGCUGUCGCCACCAGAAAACUGUCGGAAAUUGUUCUUGAAGACGUUUACAACAAUUUGCCAGAAUUGAUCGGUGGUUCUGCCGAUUUGACACCUUCUAACUUGACCAGAUGGAAGGAAGCGCUAGAUUUCCAGCCACCUUCUUCCGGUCUAGGUGACUACUCCGGUAGAUACAUCAGAUACGGUAUCAGAGAACACGCUAUGGGUGCCAUCAUGAAUGGUAUCUCCGCCUUCGGUGCCAACUACAAGCCAUACGGUGGUACUUUCUUGAACUUUGUUUCCUACGCCGCCGGUGCCGUUAGACUGUCUGCCCUAUCCGGUCACCCAGUCAUCUGGGUCGCUACACAUGACUCCAUUGGUGUCGGUGAAGAUGGUCCAACACAUCAACCUAUCGAAACUUUGGCACACUUCAGAUCCCUUCCAAACAUUCAAGUUUGGAGACCAGCUGACGGUAACGAAGUUUCCGCCGCCUACAAGAACUCUUUAGAAUCUAAGCACACUCCAAGUAUCAUUGCUUUGUCCAGACAAAACUUACCACAAUUGGAAGGUAGUUCCAUCGAAAAGGCCGCCAAGGGUGGUUACGUACUACAAGAUGUCGCUAACCCAGAUAUUAUUUUGGUCGCCACUGGUUCCGAAGUCUCAUUGAGUGUUGAAGCUGCCAAAACUUUGGCCGCUAGUAACGUCAAGGCCCGUGUUGUCUCUCUACCAGACUUCUUCACUUUCGACAAACAAUCUCUAGAAUACAGACUAUCCGUCUUGCCAGACAACGUUCCAAUCAUGUCCGUUGAAGUCCUAGCUACCACAUGUUGGGGCAAAUACGCUCACCAAUCUUUCGGUAUUGAUAGAUUCGGUGCUUCCGGUAAGGCACCAGAGGUCUUCAAGUACUUCGGUUUCACCCCAGAAGGUGUUGCUGAAAGAGCUCAAAAGACUGUUGCAUUCUAUAAGGGUGACAAGCUCGUUUCUCCUUUGAAGAAAGCUUUCUAA